AAAUGAAACUUUUUUAUAAGAACUCAAAAAAAAAAAAAAGAUAAUCGAAAUGCAUAGAUUGUGAGCAAUUUGUCAACUUGAUUAGCUUUGAAUUUGAAGUAUUACUCCGAUUAGCUCAAUGAAGACGGAGGGUCAAGGCAUAGAUAUACUGGAGAAUACGAGCAAUGUACAUAAUAGAUUGCCUCGUCCAAUGAUCCAGUCUAUUUUCUCAGGAUUCCAGGAAAAAGUCCAAGAGUGUGUUAAGUCAAAUUUCAAAAGAUUGAAAAUCGGUCAUGAUAAAUUAAUCAUGAGAGGCAAUAACAGAGGAGCAGCUGUAGUCAUAGAUGUGGAUAAAGAAAAGCAAUUACAAUCUUGGAAAGAGAAUCCGAGUUGGGUUGAUCCCCCGCCAGAUGUAAAGGUAAGUGUACCCAAAGGUUCUUUCUGCAACUUGAAUGUGAAAGUUAAUAUUGGACUGCCCCCAGAUACGGUGUAUGACAUUGUAACCGACCCUGAAAAUAAAAGAGUCUUCAAGAAUAUCAAGGAAGUAUUAUCAAGGAAGGUGUUGGUUAAUGAAGGUUCAAGACAAGUAGUGGAAUUAGACCAAGCCGCAAUAUGGAGAUUUCUUUGGUGGUCCGGGACAAUAUCUGUUCAUGUAUUAGUCGACCAAAACAGAGAAGACUACACGAUGAAGUUCAAGCAAGUGAAAACUGGAUUCAUGAAAAGAUUUGAAGGUCGUUGGAAAGUGGAACCCUUACUUGUUGAUGAACAUCUUUGCCAUCCCUUCAGACCUAAGACGUUAGCGGAUUACAUUUCAUAUACUAAAGGAAAAGGAAGGAUUGGAUCAACGGUUAGCUUGGAGCAACUCAUUCAACCAGCUAUUGUACCUCCUCCUCCCAUUUCAUGGUAUCUUAGAGGAAUAACCGCCAAGACAACCGAGAUGAUUAUAACAGACUUGGUUGCUGAAGCAGCUAGAAUACGAGGAUCUUCCAUUAAUGAUGGUUCCCAGGGUUUGAAGGUAAACGAAGAAUCCUCCAUUGAAUCUCAAGUAGGCGAUAUUCGUGAUAUAAAAGAAAGGUGGGCCUUAAGAAGGAGAAUGUCAAGGCGUCAUCGAAGAUCAUCUUCGAUUGCCAAGUAAUUGUGCAAAGUACAUUCUUUGUUGUAUCAUAGCUGAUAGAUAUACUCUAUUAAAGUGUGAUUUGGUCUAGGGAAAUUACUACAUCUCUACCAUUUUAUGUUAUAUAUACUUUUCUUUUUCAAUCAGUUUACAGUUAAUGAGAUGAUUUAUAGCUACACAAAAAAUCUAUGGCUUGUUUUAGGCUACAGUUUUUUUUUUCUUUUUCCUUAGACUUUGUGCUCGAUCAAACAUCAUCACAGUUACUAUGUUGCCUCC